UCACGUGACUUGCGGGCGCGGCGCGGCUCACGUGACAGGCGCAGCCGGCCUCUGGGUCUCCUUCGUGCCGGCGCCACAGGAGCCGGGCCCCUCGAAUCGGUGGACGUCACCCUCCCGCCGGCUCCGCCGCACGCGCAACCGCCGCCCGCCCCGGCCUCGGCUGCGUCGCGCCAUGGUGGCCCCCGGCGCCCGGCGGCCGCUGCUUCUACUGCUGCUGGUAGCAGGCCUCGCACACAGUGCCUCAGCAACAUUUGUGGUGAAAGACAGCAAUGGAACAGCUUGUAUAAUGGCCAACUUCUCUGCCACCUUCUGGACCAGCUACGAGACUGGGCAUGGUUCACAGAACGCGAGCUUUUCCCUGCCAUCCUCUGCAACAGUACUGAAUAGCAAUAGCUCUUGUGGUGGAGAAAAUGCUUCCGAACCCAGCCUCACAAUUGCUUUUGAAAGAGGAUAUUCACUGACACUAAAUUUCACAAGGAAUGCAACACGUUACCGUGUCCAGCUCAUGCGUUUUGUUUAUAACUUGUCGGAUACACAGAAGUUCCCUAAUGCAAGCUCCAAGGGAAUCAAGACCGUAGAUGCCAUAACUGACAUUAAGGCAGACAUAGACAAAAAGUACCGAUGUGUCAGUGCCACCCAGGUCCAUAUGCGUGAUGUGAUCAUCAUUCUCCAAGAUGCCACCAUCCAGGCCUACUUGUCAAACAGCAGCUUCAGCAAGGAAGAGACACGCUGCAAGCAAGAUGAACCUUCCCCAACCACUGCACCACCCAGCCCCUUGCCACCACUUGUGCCCACAAACCCCUCAGUGUCCAGGUACAACGUGAGUGGUGAGAAUGGAACCUGCCUGCUGGCUAUGAUGGCACUGCAGCUGAACGUCACCUACCUGCAGAAGGACAACUCGACUGUGAUCAGAGUGUUUAACAUUAACUCAAAUGAGACCAUAUCUAAUGGGACCUGCAGCGCCCACAUGGUGACCCUGAACCUAUGGUACCCGAAGAGUAUCCUGGUGUUGGAGUUUGGGAUGAAUGCAAGUUCUAGCCAGUUUUUCCUGCAAGGAAUCCAGUUGAACACAACUUUUCCGGAUGCUAAAGAUCCCACAUUCAGAGCUGCCAACAGUUCACUGAGAGCUCUGCAGGCCACCAUCGGGAACUCAUACAAGUGUAGCAGUGAGGAGCAGAUCCUUGUCACCAAGGCAUUUUCCUUGAAUAUUUUCAGCAUUCAGAUCCAGGCUUUCAAGGUUGAAAGUGACAGGUUUGGAUCUGUGGAAGAAUGUGUGCUGGAUGGGAACAACAUGUUGAUCCCCAUUGCUGUGGGCGGUGCCUUGGCAGGGCUGGUCCUCAUCGUCCUCAUCGCCUACCUCAUCGGCAGGAAGAGGAGUCACGCCGGCUACCAGACCAUCUAGCCUGGUGGGUGGGCGGGUGCGCCACAGACGCACAGGGGCCUAUUAUUGUGACCCCGACCUUAGAUAGGUGUGAAAGGGAGGCACACUUUCUGGCAAACCGUUUUCAAAUCUGCUUUAUCAAAUGUGAAGUUCAUCUUGCAACAUUUACUAUGCACAGAGGAGUAACUAUUGAAAUGACGGUGUUAAUUUUGCUAACUGGUUAAAUGUUAAUAUUACCAAAGUAGAGCUCUAAGGAGGGCGAGAGUGCUUUUCUGAAUUGGCACGGGCUCCAUUCAUUUGACUUUUUAAGAUUUGGUGUUUGGUUUCUUCAUUCUUUACUCAGAUUUAAGCCUUACAAGGGAAUCUCUGGUCCAAACACUUGGGCCUGAUAAGGGUGGCUGAUCAUUAGGCUGCACACUUAGGAAGCUAGAAAUAGGAGAGCAGGGAAGGCCUGCCAUGCAAGUGAGCAAAUGGUGAACCUCUGGAUGUUCAGAUUGGGCUGUCUGACCUGGGGGCCUGGUUGAGGGCCCCAGCCUGCUCUCUGACUGGGGGGCAUAACCACCAGUGUUUUCCGUGCUCUGCUGCCCACAAGCUGGCACUUUUCUAAAUAGAAAAUGGCAUUAUUUUUAUUUACUUUUUGUAAAGUAAUUUCCAGUCUUCUGUUGGUGUUCAGGGUGGCCCUGUUUCUGCACUGUGUACAAUAAUAGAUUUACACUGCUAACCUGUCCUCUGCGGCUUGGGUGGGUUGUACACUGAGGAUCAGCUUACGUAACGCAUUGCCUGUAACAAUGCUAAUAAAAAGUCUCCUUCUUUGUC